GUGAAUACAUACGGAACUCACGGAAGUCUCGUAGAGUAAUCGAAUAAGAAUCGUAGUGAUCGCACGCAUUCAUCGUUUUCAAAGAUUUUCGAAGCGCGCCCUUCGAUAUACGGAAAGAUCGAUUCGACGAAGCGAAGUGAGUGAAAACGAGGCGUUCGUGACGUUUUCUCGACGGCGACGAUACGGAUAUCAGUGGCGGGGCCAUCUCUCUGGGGGAUCAGGUUAGGUCGAUUAUGCGAAAAAAAACGACAAUGGCGCUGCGGAUUUUCGGGAUGCCAGAAUAACCGACGCGGAGUGUUUAUUCGUACUGACACGCGGUCACACGUGUGAACGCACGAUUCAUCCACCUGUGUUUAAUCCAGAGGUAUCUUCUCCUCCCGAGUGAGAGACGGCAUCAUGUCGAACGGGCUGGCAUUGUUGAACAACAACCAACAAUCGACUCCGACAAAAUGCGGCGCGUCCAUGACUCCUGCUAACGGUAAUACACUGUCGGAGAACUCGCCGAGCGGUCAUGCGGCGCAGAUGGGACAAGGAAAUUUACCCAAAUCUCAAGUUCUCAAGAGAGCUUCAGAAGUAGAUUUAGAAGAUAUUAUCAGCGCUAAAAAGCGUCAUAAAAAUCCACAACCAAAAAACGCUGUAUGCGCAUUAAACGAGUUAAAAACCGGAGCUACAUACACUGUUGUGGGACAAACUGGACCCACACACGCUCCAAUAUUCACGAUUGCGGUACAAAUUGAUGGUCAAACGUACGAAGGAAAAGGACGCACCAAAAAGAUGGCAAAGCAUGCAGCCGCGGAACUUGCUUUACGAAAUAUUGUCCAGUUUAGAAAUACACCUGAGGUUCACCAAGCUAUCAAUACUUGCCAGCCUGUUGUGCCUCUUGAGCCAGAUUUUACGAGCGACGUGACUGAACGUGAUAACCAUCUUGUCAAUGCAUUUAAAACAUUAACGCAGGAGCCAAAGAAUACUAAUAAGUUUUUAGAUAAAGGUCCAGUGGCAUUGAUUAAUGAAUUAUAUCCGGGCGUUGUAUAUAACUGUAUAUCCGAUAACGGAGAAAGUUAUGCAAAGUUUACUAUAUCUGUAACAAUUAAUGGUGAGACAUUCGAAGGAACGGGCCCAAGUAAGAAACUGGCAAAAGCCGCAGCCAGUAAAGCCGCUUUAGCAAAAUUGCGAAACGUCCAUAGUUCUUCAUUUUGUUUAUCAUAUCCUGUUCGAAUCAACUUUCCCUCUCCAGAAAUGUCUUUACCGCAAAUGCUAGCUGACCAAAUUGGCAAGAUGGUUAAUCAGAAAUUUAGUGAACUCAUGGUAACCAAACCGCAACACGCACGACGUAAAGUUUUGGCUGGUGUUGUAAUAACGAAAGGGCAAGACGCAGAAUUAAUAUGUGUUGCCACCGGUACAAAAUGCAUCUCAGGCGAGCAUUUAAGCCGAAGCGGUAGUGGUAUAAAUGAUUGUCAUGCGGAAGUAAUAGCACGACGAUGUCUCUGUGAAUAUCUUUACAAUCAGCUAGAUUUGCACAUCGGAAAUGAAAACAAUGCCGACUCUAUCCUUGAACCAACCAAAAAUGGAUUCAAACUGAAGCAGGGCAUCCGAUUUCAUUUAUAUAUAAAUACCGCUCCUUGUGGUGAUGCGAGAAUUUUCUCACCUCACGAAGAGAACGAUGCUAUAGACAAGCAUCCCAAUAGACGAGCUAGAGGUCAAUUACGUACGAAGAUAGAAUCUGGUGAAGGGACUAUUCCUGUGAAGAGUAAUGAGGGUAUUCAAACCUGGGAUGGUGUAAUCGCAGGUACAAGACUGCUGACAAUGUCGUGUUCGGACAAAAUAGCUCGGUGGAACGUACUUGGUGUGCAAGGUGCACUCUUAAGCCACUUCAUCGAGCCAAUUUACUUCCACAGCAUUGUCCUUGGCAGUCUCUUAAAUCCGAGUCAUAUGUACAGAGCGAUAUGCGGUCGCAUUGAGAACACUAUUCAGGGUUUACCACCGCCAUAUAGACUUAAUAAACCUUUAAUGAGUCUAAUUACAUCUAAUGAGAUCAGACAACCUGGAAAAGCGCCUAAUUACAGCGUCAAUUGGACACUCGGACAAAACGAAGCCGAAGUCCUAAGUUGUACAACUGGCAAAGAUGAAGUGGGGAAACCUUCUAGGUUAUGUAAACAAGCAUUCUUUAAACGGUUCUUUAAUCUUUUACGUAAUCUUCCGACUAUAGACAAUGUUGACGAAGAAGGUUGUCGCUUGUACUUGGAUGCAAAAUCUUUAGCACAAGAUUAUUCUCUUGCCAAGACUCAAUUGAAGGAUGCUUUCACGAAAGCACAGCUUGGAACUUGGGUGAAAAAGCCACAAGAACAGGACGAGUUCUAUAUCGAUAUCUGACUAAAUCAGAGUAACAGUAGUCUAACAAAAAAUGCAAAAAGUCCACUUGUCGGAUAUGUAGUUCCUAGUGCAAAAUAGAUCGCUCGUUCGGCGUGUCAUGAUAUGGCAGAAUUUGGUAUCAGUAAAGCAUAAAUCGUAGGAUCUCGUGCAUGUGUUCUUUUGCGCCCUAUGAUCUCGAUAUAUUUACCGUGUUCAGAAUGUAUUACGAAUUAUCGAUAAUUAUUAAUAAUUUCGUUGUGUACGGUGUAGUCGAUAGGAAGAUUUGCAUCAAAACUUGCAUUAUUUUGACUUAUUAAUAGCAAUAAAUAUUGUUGACAAAAAGUCGAUUCAGCACAUAUCUAUGCGGAAUUUCGUAAUAUUAGCAUAACUUAUAACGUAUUGCUUCUCAUGACCUUUCUAAUUUUGCUGCACUAUAUGAAACAGCUGAAAGGACAUAUUUGAUAAAUCUAAUCUUUUUAUCAGCAAGAAAAUUUUGUCAUGUUAUCGACAUUCCUGCAUUUUACUCUUUGUCCAAUGAUAUACUUGCAUAAACUAUAUGGCUAAUUGGUCAUAAUUUCGAAUAUAUAGUUUUGAAUUCGAAAUAGCUUUAAGAGGCAAACAUUAGUGUCUUAAAUAGGCAUUGUACCUACGACGUCCCCAGAUAACAUUCUAUGUCAGACAUACGUAAAUUUUACAAGUAAUUGCAAUUUUUUUUUAUAACAAAAUUAUAAUUUGUCGUCUAGUGUAAUGCAUUUAACACUUAUACGCACGUGUGACACGAACAUCCAUGUAUCAUAUACUAUGAACAUAUCCUUGCGUAAGUGUGCAGGCAAAUUAGCGGCGUCAAUCACGAUCUUGCAUAUUUCUAUCUCGAAGUAUCCGAAACUCAGAAUUUUAUUAUUCCUGAGUUCACACGAAAUGCUAUCUGGGAUCUUUUUGUAGGGCAUUAGGUAUCGUAGCAACGAAUUAAGUUGCACUUUGCAUCUUCAACGGCUGUGAUUGGAUUCAGAUCUGACAAAUGAUCUUGAUCGUAAAAAGUAAUUGCAAAAUUCGGCGAAAAUGGCA